AUGGACAGCUGUACUCUUCACGGGGACAGCUACUCAUUGCUGCACAGUGCACCCUGCAGACCACUUUCCUUGUGCCAUCGGGACGGCACCCCUAACCACGUUGAAAUAUUUGACAUCACAAGUUCUCCAAGUCAACGCAGUGCCAUCUCUGAGACCACUUGCCUGUGUGACAUAUUUGGGGAUGACUGUGAGUCACCCUCGGCCUCCAGCAACGCUGCGGUAGGAUCGUUUGUCCAUUCCCAAACCGAGGUGGAGAGGACAACGGUCGUAUCACCCCUGGUGGAUGAUUUGAACGACUCCUCAGGCUCGUACCACACAGCUCCAGGCUCCACUGAAGGAGAAGAGGGGUUUGAAGACCUAACAGAGAGGAUUUACAGCCCUGCACUGCAGGAAUCCCAGUCAGGAGAAGCGCUGCUCUCUUCUGAGCUGAAUUAUAGUUCCUCCUUAGCUGACAUGCAAGCAUCAUCUCCUUUAAAUGAGCUGAGAGGAAGGGUCUCACUGCCGGAUCUUUUGAGCAGAGGCUCCACGCCAGAUGUAGAAAUAGAAAAGUCUUCCCAUAGCUCUGAGUCGACAAAAGAUCUCAUGAGCCCAUCUCCAGGGGAUAGUGGUGUUGUGCCUGAAUUAAAGGACACUUCUCCAUCACCUGACCUGCUGAGUGCACCAUCAGCACUCCACAAGAGUGGGUCAAGAACUUCCUCACCUGGACUCUCAAGCCAUAGUUCAGCAUUUUCUGAAGUAAUCACCGAGGCCUGUUCAUCUGUGAUCAGUUAUAGUUUAUCUCCAUCUCCUGGGAUCAAAAGCACCUGUUCUUCCAUCGAGAGCACAUGCACAGCUCCUUCGCCUGAGAUCAGGAUCACAGCAUCUUCACCUGAGAUCAAAAGGAGAGACUACAUCUCUGAAGAGCAAACAAUACCAGACUCUCCUCUUUUCGAGAGUGCCCCAUCAGGGAGUCUCACUUCCUCCCUUCACAUCACUGGGAUAUCUUAUUCUGCUGUUCGAUCUGAGGAGGGGAUCACUGCCCCGCUUCCUGAGCUCUGUCGUCUCCCCACGCCUGGGUCUGAUAUUACACCUACAUCACCUAUGAGAAGGAGCACCUCCCCUAGUAAAGCAGCACCUGAAAAACCACGCCGACAGUGGCAGAACAGAGGCCACUCUGACUUUGUAGCAUCCUCACAGGGUGGUUAUUUAAAGAAGACUGUGUCAAAUAGGGAAAGCCCCGACAUUGUCCCGUCUGAUAAUAAUAGUCAGCUCCACAGUGUCCAACUUGGGAAUCAAUUGGAAGUGGAGAGGAAAAUGCAGCUGGAGAAGAAGAGAGAAAGGGAAAGGGGGCUAGAGAGAGAAUAUCACAGGGAGGGGCGGGAGAUUGAAAAGGGGGAGGAGUGGCAAAAGGAUGUCAGUUACAGAGGGGAACAGGUUGAGCUGUCAUUCAAUGCCAAGAAUAGAAAAGGGCCUGCAAGUCACAGUACAGCUCCCACAAACACAGAGAGCUGUCAGGGACUGUCAACAGUGCAUUCCUAUUCAGAGAGUUUGCUUACCACCAGACAGCCACAGGAACAGGAAAGUCGACUUAAACUUGAUUCUCAGCGAGACAAGAGUGAUGGUCCACCCCGGCGAUUUCAGAAUUCUGCACUACAGAACAAGUUCAGUCCUCGAUCGGUCACAAACAGGCCUGGCCGUAGUUCAAGCUCUAGCAUGGGAAGUGAGUUGGAUGAGGCAGACAAUGAGGUGAAGUGGCUCACAGACGUGGCUUUUCGUAGCCUGUCCAGCCCUGAGGUAGAUUACCUUGAUAUGUAUAACUCCAGUCACCGAUCAUCUACCAACAUCUCCCAGCCCUCUACUCAGGAGAGCCCAGCUGGGAUCAUUGGUGCCUGGCCGACCUAUGCUGAUUUCAGGGGUUCUGCUUCAAAGCUGGAAAGUGAUGACCUCUCAUUCCAGCAGCAGUCUCUGUACCAUUCUGAUGGAAUUGAUCCAGCCCGCUGCUAUGAGAUGGGAAGCUUUGAGUGUAUAGAUGUGGCUGUGGAAAGAGAAGACACUAGGAAUUUCAGAAGAGGAGUACCAAAGAGACAGAUCCAGCUGAAGAGAAAGGAGCGUGUGGAUGACGGCAGUGAAAAUACCAGUCCUGGACUCCCUGCGAUGGAGAACAGCCCCUCACUUGAAAGGCAUUCCAAAGAGGCAUUGUUGAGACAGUAUAGUACACCAGCAGCUGGCCAGGAAGGCUAUGGUGGGCACGAUGGUGGGCAGCAUGAUAGAAAAGCCAAACUUCAAAAAUCUAUUUCUCUGGAUGAAACAUCCUCUAAGACAAAGAUGGCCACUUGCCUUAUCAAGAGUGUUUUGUCCAAGAAGAUGCAAAGUGCUGAUGAACAACUUCAUGAUCCAAAUGGAGAUGAAGUGAACACCACUUUUGGUCAAAAUAACACCUAUGAGGAGAACCAUGAAUGUGACAAAUUAAAUUCCUCUCUGUACUCUAACUACAGUAAUCCCUGUGAAGAUUUUGCUAUGAAAGAAGAACAAAGCCAAAGAGAUGACAUCAGACCUCCAAAGAGCUAUGGAGAGAAAUCCAACAACAGACCAAGUUCAAACAGCAGAAUUAAAAUUUCUAACCUUUCACACACUGACAACCAACAGUGGGGUUCUCAAGACUGCAAUACAAGCGCAACAUCUGAAAUAAGAUCCAAACUUAGAGUGCCAUCGGAUAGCUCUCAGUCAAUAGGUGGAAUACAACAUGUAGAUGACAGUAAAACAUGGCAGGGAAGAGAGAGUGGAGACUCAGCAAAUACCAUUGCCGGGAACAAAGGAGCUCCUUCUGCUCCCAGAGCCUUCAGCACACAGACCAGGAUGACAAGCCAACAUCAGGAAUGUGAAAACACAGAGGUCCAUAAACAACUGCAACAGGGUGACAAGAGCCACCACAUGACACAGGAGAAUAUACUUCAAGGGGGCAAGAAAAAGAAAGCAUCUCUCAAUGUCUGCCUUACACCUGAGGCAGAAAACAAUCGAGACAAAUCUUCGCCAGAUAUGCAUUUCAAACAGCAGGAGGAAAAGGUCAAAGAGACCAAUGUGGAUCUUCAAACAGAGGAAGAAAAUAGGAGUGAGGAUAAUAAAGUGAAGGGCCCCAUCCACAAAGUUAGAGACGUUAGGAGACUUGUAAAGAAUACAUAUAAUCUAUCUUUCAAAGCACCCAGUUGUGUAUCAUCCUCAGAUAUCACUGAAGAAAGGAUUGAACAUUUGAAUGAGACAAACAAGAAUGAAAUUAAAGAGAAUGUGAAAGAAAAGCUCAAGGGAAGAACAGUGGAGGUAUGUGAGGAAAGGACAAAUAAGUGUACGGGGGAGAGGAAAGAGGCAAAAAAUGUGGAGGGGAAAGAUGAAAAGUUGUCUACGUUACCCUCACCUCUGCAGACUGAAGGGAAGCCUUUAUCUCAAUUACAACCAAUGCAAAUACAAUGCAAGGCAGUUUGCUUGAAAGAUGACAAAAAUAAAAUACAAAGCCAUAAAGAUCCAGGGAACCACGGUGGCAAAACCUUGGGCUCUACAAACACAGAGCAAGACAAGAACCCCUCUAAAACAGACACACAGGAGGGGAUGCAGAAACCAUCAGCUCGAGGAGCAACUACCAAAUCGCAGCAACGCAAUUUUAAUAUGGACACAGAAUCACUCAAGGCGGACAGUGAGGAAAGGUCUGUUCUGGUAAGAACAGACACAAAAGAUCCCAUGCUAGGAAGUCUCCCCAAAUUGCCCAGUAAGGAAAGAGAAGUUUCCACUGCUGUUGUGUUGAUAAGAGAUAGAUCCAGCCAAGCAAAAACAUGUGCACCACUUACUCAGGAAGAGGUCCCCACCCUUCUCCAGGCCGCAUCCUCACCUGAGAUCACAACCACUGGCAGCACCCCAAGCAGUAGUAGUCACUCAGUUUCCAUGUUAUUAAAGGAGAAAGGCUUCCGAGCUGACAUUGGAGCAGUGGUGGGUGAUAGACAGAAUAGAACUGGAGGAAAGGGGGUACCACAUAAACAUGUGAACUGCUUGGAGAUCCCUCUACAGAUGCCUUCAGAUGAUGGAGCUGAGCCAAAUCGAGAGGAAACAUUCUCUGCUUCGUCCACUGUGCCCAGCCCGUCGUUGGUGUCUGACUAUGUAGAUAAACCCCCAAAGAGCAGAGACAAAGAGGGGGGUUGCAUCAAGGAAAAAACAAUCAGCCCACAAGGAAAUCCACCAGACCAACUUUCAACUCUAAACAAACACAAGGAACACACAGAUUUUGAAGUAAUGAAAAGACAGGACCCAAUGUUCCACCCAGGGUCACCUGCGAUAAGAAGAUUCAGACCUCAGCCAAUUGAGGUAAAAUCCCUUUCUAAAGAGACACCAAAGCAAGAGAUGAUCACAAAAAGCCCUAUAAACAGGCCGCAAACCAUCGAAGUUAAAUCAAUUGCUAAAAAUUCAGAAAAGCCAGCCGUACCCCCAAAACCAACUUGCAAAUUUAAACCUGCAGAUUUAGGAGCAAAGACUAAUGAAGUGGCUGCAUCAGCUAUGCCAAACGUAAAACCUCAGAGUGAGGAGAGGCCUCAAACAAUAGUUGUGUCAUCCCCCACAAUCUACAGAAAGAUCCCCAGUGAGUCCUCCUCGAUGUCUAACCAAAUGAGAAAAUUAGCUGUCUCUGCUGUAUCCAGCCUUAAACCCUCACCAAGCAAAAUAACAAAAACGACAGUGUCGAGUGUCACUAACCAGGCUGCAUCAUCAUCAGGCACAGAGGCUUCCAAAACCCAACAGCAGCACCCAUGGACAGCGCAUGUGAGAUUGGCACAUGCUACAACUGCAACAUCCGUUCCUUUGCCAAGCAUUCCCUCAAUCGAGGGUCAAAAUUCUGAUCCGGUAUCAAAACAUGUGCCUGAACCAUCUUCUACAGAAGCCAGACAUACAAGCCAACCCGUUGUUGUGGAGCAAAACCUGCAUGAAGCAGCUGUGACAACAUCGUCAAACAAUCCCAAACCACCUGCUGCUGUCUCCACAACACAAGCCCUAGGAUACACACAUCAGCAAUACUGUCGGUCAUUGUCCAGUGAACGCACCCAAAGGGCCGGUGACCUGCAUUUUUAUGCCUCUGAUGACCCUCCAAGCUAUGAUGAAAGAGAGAGCUUUAGUCCCCUCAUGCCAGAUUUGACUCACCGGCGUUCAAAUCGCUAUCAAAAUCGCUCCUACCCUCCUUCUUGCUCCUGUACAGCUGGCUGCCCUCCACAGCCAGCUCUCCCUCCGCCUGCACCCCAUCACCACAGCCCACACAACCUCACCCCACCAGUGCCUCCACACUCCCCAGGUCAUGUGUUACCAUACCAGGCCUCCCAACCUCUCGUCCGUCCCCACCUGUGCAGAGCUGAUCCUCAGCCCAUGAGCUUCCAGCCCAGCUCAUCCCCAAAGCCAAGUCCUCACGGACCAAGCCAUCUGCCCACCAUGUACCAGCCUCUUCACCUGCCUCCCCCAUGUCCUCCCCACCCCUCCCUCAUGCCAGUGGACCGCACCAUGCCCUCUGACCCACGGCGGCUCCCUCCCCAUAGAUCCCCCCAGCAGCAGCAGCCACCAAGCAUGCCAGGUGCUCCUUAUAGUGAUCCUAUCCACAGCCACUCCCCUGGCCUCGCUCCCAUGGAGCACCAAUACAUGUGUGGGCAGUAUGGCUCAGAGUAUGGGGGUGACACCUCCAGCUUGUACUCAGAGAGCAGCUAUGGGCCGACACCUCGAAGAGUCCUCCUUGAUCCUGAAACAGGGAAAUAUUUUUAUAUCGAGCUGCCUAUGCAGCCCUUAAGGAAGAUGUUGUUUGACCCAGAAACUGGCCAGUAUGUGGAGGUUCUCAUCCCCCAGCAAGGCAUGUCUCACUCAGGCCUUUAUCCUCCAUCAGCAGCCCCAUACACAUCUCUCCACAACCCCAAUAUGUAUGGCUCAGCGCCACAGUACAUGCCCUUUUCCGCUCCCCUUCCCACUGCUCAUCCCCAGGCUCAACACCAGCCACCACGAUAUCCCGAGGCUUUAUCUGCGGCGACAAUGCACCCAAAUGGGCCUAGUGGUAACUACAGGAGUUGUUCUGGUCAGGGAUCCAAACCAGAUGCCCCAAGCCAUCCGCCGCUGGAUCAGAACUACCUGGAGGGUAUGUAUUAUGUUCCAACAGGGAUCAAUGCAGGCUCCAAUCCCACCCCGCCAGUCUACUACCAUAAACAUCCACCCAGCCUUCCCCCAUCAGGGGGGAAAAAGUCCUGA